AUGACGGAGCGGACGCCACUCCUGAACUAUCGUCUCUCAAUUAGCGUCCAUGAGUCGGAAAACCUGCCCAUCCCCGCUGGGAGCACGGCGAAGCCGUCCCCGGCGGUAUACCGGCGGAAAAUGGCCAACGUCCAGCCGCAGAAACUUUCCACCUUUUUCGGCGUAGUUAUACCAACUUUACUCUCAAUGUUCAGCGUCGUUCUCUUUCUCAGAAUUGGGUUUGUGGUGGGCCAGGCUGGGCUGUACCAGACCAUCGCCAUGUUCGUGGUGGCGUACUUUAUCAUCAGUAUGACUGUGCUUUCAAUCUGUGCCAUCUCCACCAACGGGGCGCUGGAUGCUGGGGGAGCCUACUACAUGAUCAGCCGCGCCCUCGGACCAGAGUUUGGGGGCAGCAUUGGGAUCAUGUUCUUCUUCGCCAAUGUGUGCGCCAGCGCCCUGUACGUGCUGGGGCUAGUCGAGGCCAUUCUUGCGUCUUUUGGCAUUCCAGAGGAUGGGAUGGUGGCCGCUGUGAAUGCCCAGCGGGUCCUGCCGGGGGGUUACUGGUGGUCCCUGCUCUACGGGACGGGCAUCCUCCUGCUCUGCCUUGUGGUCUGCCUGGUGGGCGCCGACAUCUACGCCAAGGCCACCUUCCUCAUCUUCCUCAUCGUCAUGCUGGUGCUGGGCAUAAUCUUCAUCAGCUUCUUCGCCGUCAGCCCCCGGGUGGUGCUCCUGCCCCCGCCUGCUCUCAACUCCUCCGGCCCCGUCAGCGCCAACUUCACCGGCUUCAAGCUGGACACCCUGCUGGGCAACCUUAUGGGUGAUUACACAGUGGACUACACCACGGGCACCAUGAUGACUUUCGCCACAGUCUUUGCGGUAUUGUUCAAUGGCUGCACUGGAAUCAUGGCUGGAUCCAACAUGUCAGGGGAUCUGAAGAACCCCAGUUACUCCAUUCCCCGUGGGACCAUCACCGCUGUCAUCUUCACCUUCAUAAUCUACAAUCUGCUGAGUCUGCUGGUGGCCUGCUCUUGCGAUCGUAUUCUGCUGCAGAGGGAUUACAGUUUUCUGGGGGAUAUUAACAUCUGGCAACCCUUCGUGACAAUCGGCUUGUACUCAUCCACCCUGUCUGCCGCCAUGAGUAACCUGAUCGGGGCGUCCCGUAUCCUGUACGCCCUGGCGCGGGAUGACCUGUUCGGCAGAGCUCUGUCCCCAGCGAAGAUGACCUCUCUGAGCGGGAACCCCUGGAUGUCCGUGCUCAUUUCCUGGUUCCUGACCCAGCUGGUGCUGUUUGCAGGGAAGCUGAACACCAUCGCCAGUGUUGUUACCAUCUUCUUCCUGCUGGUGUAUGCUGCUGUGGACCUGGCCUGCCUGGCGCUUGAGUGGGCAUCAGCACCUAACUUCAGGCCCACGUUCCGGUACUUCACCUGGCACACCUGUGUGCUGGGAAUUCUGGGAUGCGCAGUAAUGAUGUUCCUGAUCAAUGCCAUCUAUGCCUCAGCCAGCAUUGCCUUCAUGCUGCUGCUGCUACUACUUAUCCACUAUCUAUCCCCCACCAGCAGCUGGGGCUACAUCAGCCAGGCACUCAUAUUCCACCAGGUGCGUAAGUACCUGCUGAUGCUGGAUGUGCGGAAGGACCAUGUGAAAUUCUGGCGGCCGCAGGUGCUGCUGAUGGUGGCCAACCCCCGCAGCAGCACCGGCCUCAUCACCUUCAUCAACGACAUCAAGAAGAGCGGGCUGUACGUGCUGGGGCAUGUGGAGCUGGGAGACCUGGAUGCGCUGCCCUCUGACCCCCUGCAGUCAUGGUACGACUCCUGGCUUUCGCUGGUCGACCGGCUCAAUAUCAAGGCCUUCGUCAACCUGACGCUGGCUGACUCCGUCCGACACGGAGUCCAGCACCUGCUCUUCAUCUCUGGCCUGGGUGGGAUGAAGCCAAACACUUUGGUUCUGGGUUUCUAUGAUGACUGCCCUCCUCAGGAUCAUCUGCAGGACCACCCACUGCUGGUGGGCAGCUCAGUGGACACCCUCUACCCACCCCAGGACCCUGAGGAGAAGCUCCACUUCCAUUUCCCUGCAUUGAGGACUGGCGGUGCCAGUGGGGACAAGGCACUGGGGGCCCAGGAAUACGUGGCUGUGAUUGCCGACGCGGUGAAGAUGCUGAAGAAUGUGGCGCUGGCACGGUACUUCUGCCGCUUCGACCGGGCGGAGGUUCUGAGCAGGCGUGGCGGGGCGGGGGUCUUCGUGGACGUGUGGCCCGUGAACCUGCUCCGCCCGGACAGCACCAGCUACGUGGACACCUGCAGCCUCUUCCUGCUGCAGCUGGCCUGCGUGCUCAACAUGGUGAGGGCGUGGCGCAGGGCGCGGCUCCGCCUCUUCCUGUGCGUGGAGGAGGGGCGGAGCCUGCCCGGCUCGGAGUGGAAGCUGGAGCAGCUCCUCCGUGACCUGCGGAUCGAGGCGGACAUCCACACCGUGCCCUGGGACCAGGUGGUGGCGCUGCACUGGCAGAGGAAAUGCGAGGAGGCUCCUUGCUGCGAGGAGGAGGAUGAUGAGGAAGGCCUGGGGGAUUAUGUCAGCAGCUUCCCCAGCAACACCACCCGGCUCACAGACGAGUACCUGCAGGCAGUGAACCGGCUAGUGCUGGAGCAGGCAUACCCUCCUCCCGCGGUGCGCUUCCUGUACCUGCCCCGCCCGCCGGCCGACACUCGCCGAUACUCCGCCUACCUGCACCAGCUGGAUCUGCUCACCAGAGACCUGGGCCCCACUCUGCUCAUCCACGGGGUCACCCCAGUCAUCACCACUGACCUUUGA